AUGUCUCAGCCACAAGGAAAGGUGAUUCAUCUUCCCAAAGUCAGGAUGCUCAGUCGUGGCGGCAGGGUGUCUUCUGGAGUACGCAUCACCAACGUGAAGUCCAUUAAACCACCAGACCCUGAAGUUGUGAAGAAACAGGAGGAGGAGAAACUUAGAGCUCAGCUUCAAAAAGAAAUUGUCUCCCGUUCGCGUCUCUGUGCCAACAAAAGCUAUGAAUGCCUACUCCCAGUUGUAUCCGGACGACAGUACUGCUACCGCCAUAUUCUAAGAGAUCCAACAGCGCCGUAUAGACAAUGUAACCAUACCUUCGGCAAUGGAGAGCGGUGUAAUAUGCCGGCUCCCAUUGAUUCUAGAGACCAUAGAGAUCCAGGCUUAUGCUUCGAGCAUGCCCGAGCAGCGCUGUACGCUCGGCAGCGCAGCGCGGCCGCUCCACCGCCCGUCGUCACUACGGAGACUCUUCUCAACCAGCUACAGCAUUAUGUUAAGCCAGAACGUCCUCGUACGACAUCCUGUGCAUCAUCAGUGUCAGUGGUCAGUGAUCCAGCUGAACAGGAACAGGCUGAUCCACAAGUCGUUGAUCCAUUCAAACAAUUAGACGCAACAUCAAUAAACACUGCGUACGCUACAUCAAUGAUGGAGUGUGCCAGUUGUAGCGACAGUGACGGUGAGAGUGUGACGCUGGGCCCCGGCGGGGACUGUCGCGCGGGGGACCACGAGGACCUCUCCGAUACUGAAGACGCGCCCUGUGAGGACUUGCCACUCUGGAAAGCAGGAGUCUACACAGCUGAGGAAGCGGUCUCCGUAGCCAAGACUUGCCUAAAGUUGUUACAAUCUGCGUAUAUAAAGCAAAUGUCGAGGCUCCGAGUGUUAUUGCAGAGCGCUAGACUUAAUUAUUUACGAGAUAUGAAGGCGGAGAAGGAACAAUAUUGCAGUAUAAACGCACAAUCCCGUGGCGGUCCGCUGACAGUUCGCGAGCGGCGACAACUGCGCAAGUUGAAGGCGUUCGCCAGCUACCAUAGGAAGCACGGACAGGACGCUGUGCUAGCUAGGAAACUGCAUCGGAAAAGGGAUAAGCUGAGUAGUACAUCGACAGCCACGCGUCCGCUGCCGUCCCAGGCGCGGUGCACUUUCUCUGAGGGGGGAGUACGAUGUCCGGCGCACGUACUGCCCGCCGCGCGGCACUGUCUCAAGCAUAUACUGCACGAUACUAACCAGGUACUAUUCGCGCCCUGCGGCGACACUCGAGGAGUGGCUUCGUGUCGGGAGCCGGUCGCGAAGCUCCCUCUACCAUCCUCUGCGUGCCGCUACCACACCGACCCGCCUGUUUAUACUGUUUUUAAUUUGAAGAAGGACGGAUCCGACACAGAAUCGGAGCCACAGUCAACAUCAGAUGAGUCUCAUGUGGAAGAAGCUGAUGCUUCAACGGAUGACCGUGUAGGCGUCCAGGAGCUGGAGGAAGUCGAGAUGACGUCCUUCAUUCCUACUGAACUAACAGAUGAAUGA